GAACGACCAGGACGCACUUGCUGUAAUUUGAUUGGCUGACAGCCAGGACGUGGCGAACUGAUCAAGAUGGUGGACACCGGUGUUAAACCUGACAUCCGCUCAAUAAUGUGGAAUCCGGGCGGCUGGCAAAGCCUUUUAACCAUCGUUAUUUUAUCUUUGGCAUGGCUCGUUGGGUUCAGCUCAAGACUUUUUGCGGUCAUUCGUUUUGAAAGCAUCAUCCACGAAUUUGAUCCAUGGUUCAACUAUCGUGCCACCCAUUACAUGGUUGAAAAUGGUUUCUACAACUUCCUGAACUGGUUUGAUGACCGAGCAUGGUAUCCACUCGGCAGAAUCGUUGGGGGCACGGUGUACCCAGGUUUAAUGGUCACUUCAGGAACUAUACACUGGUUCCUGAGCAUGCUCAACAUCCCUGUCCACAUCCGAGAUAUAUGUGUGUUUUUAGCGCCUAUAUUCAGUGGCUUGACAUCAUUAGCGGUUUACUUUUUUACCAAAGAAAUCUGGAACACAGGUGCUGGCCUGUUUGCUGCCUGUUUCAUAGCUAUAGUCCCAGGAUAUAUCAGUAGGUCUGUAGCAGGCAGUUAUGACAACGAGGGUAUUGCCAUUUUCGCGUUAAUGUUCACCUAUUACUUAUGGAUAAAAUCUGUGAAGACUGGAUCUGUUAUGUGGUCAACACUGACUGCCCUCUCCUACUUUUACAUGGUGUCGGCCUGGGGAGGCUAUGUAUUCAUCAUCAACCUAAUCCCACUCCAUGUAUUCGUCCUCCUACUGAUGGGUCGAUACUCACGGCGUAUUUUCAUAGCAUACACAACAUUUUACAUUGUGGGACUGGUUCUGUCAAUGCAGAUUCCCUUCGUUGGGUUUCAGCCAAUCAAAACUAGUGAACACAUGGCAUCAGCCGGUGUGUUUGCUCUGCUGUAUGCCUAUGCCAUCCUGAGGUAUGUUCAGUCCUUCCUCACCAAGGCCGAGUUCAAGCUCUUCUUCUUCCUAUCUGCCGCGGCAGCAGCUGGAGUAAUCUUCUUGUCAGUCGUUGGACUCACCUGGGCAGGUUACAUCCAUCCCUGGAGUGGGCGGUUCUAUUCGCUGUGGGACACUGGCUAUGCCAAGAUCCACAUUCCCAUCAUAGCUUCUGUGUCGGAACACCAGCCCACCACAUGGGUGUCCUUCUUCUUCGACCUCCACAUCCUAGCUUGUGCCUUCCCCGUGGGCGUGUGGUACUGCAUCAAACAUAUCAAUGAUGAGAGAGUGUUCGUGGUGCUGUAUGCCAUAUUUGCCAGCUACUUUGCGGGUGUUAUGGUGAGACUCAUGCUAACUCUCACCCCCAUCGUGUGUGUCCUUGCUGCCAUUGCCUUCUCCAAAACGUUUGAUAUCUACCUGAAGGAUGAUGUGCCUAAAUCAAGUGUCAAAGAGACUGAGAAGAAAACACUGGAUAAUAAAAAUGAUACUCUAUAUGAUAAGGUGGGUAAAACGAAGAAGGUGAAGGAGGAGAAGCCCAAGGACCAGGAUGGUCUGGGGAUGAACGUGAAGACCAUCAUUGUGAUUGCCCUGCUCAUGCUGCUCAUGUUGUUUGCGGUGCACUGUACAUGGGUAACCAGCAGUGCCUACUCCAGCCCCAGCAUUGUCCUGGCCUCCUACAACCAUGACGGAAGUAGGACAAUACUGGAUGAUUUCCGUGAAGCCUACUACUGGCUGCGUCAGAACACCCAUGACAAAGCGAGGAUUAUGUCUUGGUGGGAUUAUGGGUAUCAGAUAGCAGGCAUGGGAAAUCGGACAACGCUCGUGGAUAACAACACUUGGAAUAACAGCCAUAUAGCACUGGUGGGGAAAGCUAUGUCUUCAACAGAGCCAGAGGCUUACAAGAUCAUGAGAGCAUUAGACGUGGAUUAUGUGCUUGUCAUCUUUGGUGGAGUUAUUGGGUACUCGGGGGAUGAUAUCAACAAGUUCCUGUGGAUGGUUAGGAUUGCUGAGGGCGAACAUCCCAAGGACAUCAAGGAAUCUGACUACUUCACACCGCAAGGAGAGUUCCGUGUAGACUCGGCAGGGUCCAAGGUCUUGCUCAAUUGUCUCAUGUACAAGUUGUCUUACUACCGAUUUGGGGAGCUUCAGCUGGACUUCCGGAGUCCUGCUGGGUAUGACAGGACAAGAGGAGUAGAGAUUGGUAACAAAAACUUUGAUCUGACCCACAUGGAGGAAGCGUACACCACUGAGCACUGGCUUGUUAGGAUUUACAAGGUCAAGGACCUCCAGAACCGCGAACGUGUACUCGACCAAAAAAUGCCCAAAAUCAAAACUAAUAAGAAAAAACAUUCCAAAAAGACCAGCAAAAGAAAAACAGGUUUCAUUAAAAACAAGCCGAAGGUGAUAAAGGGCAAGAAACCAAAAUCCAAGGGAAAGAAAUAGGAGGGAAAUGUGAGGCAAGAAUUUGUUGCGAGUGUGUACAUAACGUGCAAAACUGGGAGCACAUUGCUGAAUAUGCCAUUGCUCGUCACAGAAUCAAGUGGGCAGGCAGAUCAUUCAUAUUGUGAUUAUAUACAUUUAGUGGGUGAAAUCAGUUUACAUGUGUCUUGUGACAGGAAAUUGAUUUACAUGUGAUCAUGUGACAGGAAGUUGAUUUACACGUGAUCAUGUGACAGCAAAUCUAUUUAUGUGCAUUUGGUGUUGGAGGAUAACUAUGAACAUUGAACUUGCAACAGAGGUCCAAAAUAAACGUCCAUAUUGAAUGGACAGGGGAGGGAACUUGUGUUGGAUUUUGUCGUGUGUGCGUUUGUGUUGCUCUCUGUUUGGGCCAUACCAGACAGUGAUCUUGGAUCAUUGCCAAACUCACUCAUAUCAUAGUUGUUCAAGUUUUUGUUGAAAGGUUCUUUAAAGUUUUGGAAUAUAGUGUAAAUGAAUGUCAGGGAAAUGAAACGUUUUUUUUUAUAAAGUAGCAUACUUUUAUGCCUCAUAUAAUUUGAAGAAAUUAAGUAACAUUUAUUUUGUUGGGUUUACUGUAAAAUAUAAUAAAUAUGAAUCCUAAACAAGUUUUAAAAAUGAUUGUAGACACGAGAACUGUUAGAGAGCCUGUAUCGUAUAGAUGUUGUGUUGUUGUAAGGUGUGUGUGGGGGUGAAUUAUACAUGCAUUAUGUGUUCUUUGUUCUUUAUGUUGUUAUGUUAUUAAAAUACUGUUCACUAGCUUGACAUAUUCCACAUUUUUGAUAGAUGAUCAUACGUGUAAUUUAUUUUUUUGAAAGUGAAAUGAAAAGAAAGACAAUGAUUUGUUUGAGUUAAAAAAACAAAAACCGGCUGCGUCCGUCAUCUCGCUUAUUUUUUUAUUCGUGUGAUUUGUUUUGGCUGAAGUUAAAGAUUGUGUAUAGAAAAUAAUUUAUAGACAGUAAUAGAAUUAACUGUUUUAUCUUAAAGGAAAAGCACUUCAAAUAAGUCUAUACCGUUUGAUACCAGUAUAAUUCAAUCUUGAGACAGAUAGGAGUUCUUUGAUAGUCAACAAGCCUACAGCAAUGCUUGUAGUUUACAUCUGAUGUCCUGCUAGAAUGUUUUAAUGAAACACAGGGAAUUCCCAGCCACGUUAAUGUAACACAGGGAAUUCCUAGCCACGUUAAUGUAACACAGGGAAUUCCCAGCCACGUUAAUGUAACACAGGGAAUUCCCAGCCACUUCAAUGUAACACAGGGAAUUCCCAGCCACUUUAAAAUGUAUAUUGCAUGUGAAAAACGAAGAUUGAGGUGAAAGAAUUUAUGUAUGGAUUUCAUAUGAUUUUGCUUGUGGGUAUGUCAUAUAAACUCUGAAUGUAGCUGACAAUUGAAUGUGGGCUGUAUUUGAGGUGCAUUUCUUUUUUAGUUAUAAACAGUAUAUAUAAUUUAUGGAUCUACAUUAUCAAGUGCUGUCAUGUCUUAACAGACUUAUAAUUAAUAUUUUUUAAUUUGCAUUCCUUCAAAUGUAAACCCUGAUGAUAUUUAUGGAGUAAUAUAUUACAUAUGUCCUUACUACAACACUCUAUUGUGUUAGUAGGUCCUUUGUUUUACUCAUCAACCCCACCAAAUACAAAUGUAGUAUCAUUGUAGACCUCAGCCUAGUCUGAACAGGACACACUGUACAGAAUAUAUCUACUGCCAAGUUCAAGAAAACCAUGUGCACAACCUGUGUCAGGAAUAUCCAAUCUACUAAUAUAUUUAGUCACGUUGUGUAUGUUUGCAUUAAGACUCUUACGUGACUCUAAAUGGAAGAACACGUUCAAUUUGUAGCUAGAAUUAGAUUUGAAAUCCUCCCCUGAAUGAGUUUGAAGUAAAGAGAACUUGUACAUGUAUGAAAUAGUGCAAUGGAAUAAACAUUAGAAGUUUCAAUAUUUUACUGAUUUGAUGCAUGGAGUCCAGCAAGCUGGCCUUGUUUUCUAGUCAUAAAACACCUGUAAAUGAUCCUUUGUAUUGCCUAUGUCGCAAAAGACAUUAUAAUUUUCAUGUAACAUCAUCGUGUAUGUAACAUGUUUGCACUUGGCACAAUCAUUGUUGGAUGCUGAGCCUUGUUAAUCUGGACCCUUCAUUCCCAGCUAGAGUGACUGUAAUGCAAACGAGCUGGAUCACUGGGACAAUUUCAAGUAGAGGAACAAUAGUAAUCUGUCCCCAAAAACUAGCUGGAUAGAGGAACACCUGGAUCAAUGUGCUUGAUUAAAGGGGAUUGACUAUAUACAUGUAAUAUAUGGAGGUCUUUAACUAAAACUAAAAUUAUAUCAGUCAUUUAUCAAAGUAUUUAUCAUGAGGUAUGUAAACCUGAACUUCUUAUAUAGGUUAUGUGAAUGUAACUCUUUAUGUUUAGGUCACCUGGCACUUAAAUGAUGCAAUGAGGUGUCGCCUGUCGUCAAUCUAGUAUCAACCUUUCCUAUAACAUCUUCUUCUUAAGAAUGAUAAGGCUUAAUGUAAAGCUGAUUGGCCAUGCUGCGACAAAGGGCUAUCAAGUUGCUCUAACGAAUGACUUUGUCAAAUUUCCAAGGUCAUUGGGUCAAAUGUGCUUAAAUCUCAUUUUGACUUGUUUUGAACAUCAAGAGCCCUUUGGAAAUAAUCAUGUUGGGCUGAAGAUCAAGAGCUGUCAACUUUCUUCAAACGGAUGACCUUGAUAUGCUAUUGAGGUAAUAUAUAGAGGUCUUUAAAUAGAGUUAAAAACACAUCAGGCAAGCACAAAUACUAUAAACAGCUUACCUGAUAUAUGACUAAAUUCCGAGAAUUUAAAGUGUUAAAAUGUUCUUAGUAUUAUCGGACAUUUUUCCUGGGUCAGUUGUGUUUUGGCAAACAAGCAUUAUUUUAUUUUAGGUCUUAAAGAUAUCAAAAUAACCAGGGCCCUGGGGGUCCUACUAUGCGGCCUUAAGGCCUUAAGCAUGAUGAUGUGAAGGGCUAUCAUAUUUGUUCAAAGAAGUACCUUGGCCACUGUAAAGUCACAGGUCUAAGAUGUUAAAAUCUUAAAAACAAUUUUGUCUAUCCAUGAUAUUUAAUCAAAAGGGUGAGUUGUGUGAAAACAUUCAACAACUUCUUUUAAAGGCCUGAGGAGUGUAAACGUUUGGCCUGUGGCUUGCUGUGAUGACCUACUAUUCAGAUGGGUUCAAAUAAAUGACCUGGACCAACGUUGAAGGCCACAUGAGUAGAAGUAGUCAAAUCUUCCAACAAAGGUGCAUCACCUGAAGAGUAAUGCUUUUUAUGGUGUAUUUUUAGCUUGCUUGUUCUCAAGUUUGUUGGAAUAAAUUAACUUUCAUCCAUUUAGAAAAUUGAGUAACAAACAGUACUGUAUAACAUUUGAGUGAUAAAGGCACUUUUACCUUCCCUCUUGUAAGAGUAACCAAAAACAUUGCGUAUGCUUUCUUUAAAUGAUAGAUUUAAUGUCCGUUUGCAUUUAUUUUUUAAAAUUGUAUUUUUCUUUGUAAUUGCCAGAUUGAUUGCAGUAAAAUUCUGAUAGGGAUUCUUGGUAAACUCUUCUUUGGUAGACUUAAUUAUUCACAGUGAGAAAGUUAAUGGUGGGUGCUUGGUGAAAUUAUGACUGGAAUGUUUGGGGGGAAAAAAGUGAGAUUGUUUUACAGACAUCAUGAAAUCAAGGUUUAUAUAUAUAUAUGUACUAAAUUUGUCUCCAUGUUGAAGAGUUCAGUAGACCUCAAUAAAUGAUUUUGCAAAAGUCUAA